UAGGGAGUUGUUGACAGUUAUCCCGAUUCCGGAUGAACAAUCAAAGAGAAGAGUACCCGGUUGAAAAGGGGGUGUAGUUAGCAUCUCUACGUACCAUACCAUCUACCUGCUGAUGGAAGUGGUACGGCUCACAGUGAGUAAAUCAUCCAAUCAGCUGUAACGAGUCGUGCCUCCACCAAUAGAAUGCCAGUUAGUAGGUGAAGCAGACGCCUGACGCAGAACGUCGAUGCAGUGGCGCACGAAGCCCAGCAGGUUAGCAUGACAUGGUGAUACUUGCUUACUGGCAAACACUUACAUCUCGCCUGUGGAUUAUAACCUGUUCAAAUAUAUCCAAAUGCUCAAUGCAAUACGCUAUAAAAUCGUAGAAGUGUUUACUAUUGAAGUGUCACAUAUACAUGCUUUGACAUUAUGGACAGGUGUGACACUUUCAGAUCGUUUUGCGCUCUCCACCCUGGCAUCAAUAACUUCAAAGUAAGAUUUAAUCGAAUGCAUUGCUGUCAAGAAGUGGAAAGAAAUGACUUGUUUGAAACUGGAAAGCAUUUCGAUUCAGUCAGUCUCUUCUGCCAACUCGACUCUUUAUCCGAAACAAUUACAAGAAAAACUGCCGACUGUAAUUAGCUGCAUGGUUUUCUAUUGGUUAAAGAAUUACCUACAUUGCUCUGCCCAGAUGAAAAAUGGACUGAAGAGAAACAAUGUGUUCUGGUUUUCCUAUGCUCUUUAGUAUAACGUCCACAGUGCAUUAUGUCCCUAUAUAGGGUCAGAUUGGUGCUAGUUGUAUUGUGUUUACAACCCGUAUAUUCCAUGCCGGAAUGUCUCAGUAUCUGCUCCUGUAAAUGGAAGAAUGGUAAAGAAACUGUUGAGUGUGUUGGUGCCGAUUUAGUGAAUGUGCCAUCUGGAUUGAACACAGGUGCUCAGGUAUUAGAUUUAAGUGGGAAUCUUCUUCACACGCUCAAAAGUAAAGCAUUUCAGAAAGUUGGUCUAGUAAAUUUACAGAAAAUUUACCUGACAAGGUGCGGUUUAGUAACCAUAACUAGUGAUGCCUUCUACCAAGUAUCAAAUCUCGUGGAGCUUGAUUUGAGCAACAAUUUCCUGACAACGGUGCCUUCAGCGAUAUUUAAAGACUGCCAAUUACUCCGGAAACUUCAACUGAGUCAUAAUCCCAUUCAGGUGGUCGAAAAUAGUACAUUCGUCGACUUGGUGCAGCUGACAACAUUAGAGAUGUCGCACUGUCAGAUCGAUACUAUCCAACCUAAUGCGUUCGUUGGACUUAAAAAUCUGGAAUAUUUAAGAUUGAACGGUAAUAAAUUAAGGAUAUUGAGUGGCAAAGUUGUACAAUCUCUCCCUCCUCUCUACGCUCUCGAUCUUCAUCAAAAUCUGUGGUAUUGCGAUUGCGGACUUCUAGAGGUGAGAGAAUGGAUGAUCAAUAACAACGUACCUAUCAGUAUUCCACCCAAAUGUGAACAACCUCAGCGUGUUCGUUAUAAAACAUGGGACAUGUUGGAGCUUCAAGAUUUCGCUUGUCCACCGGAAGUUAUGUCCGUUGAUACUCAUCUAAUUCUGUCGGAAGGAACAAAUGCCACGCUGACGUGUCGAGUUCGUGCCGUGCCUGAAUCUGAGGUCCACUGGGUGUGGAGAGGAAGAGUGAUAACCAAUCUUUCACUCAUGUCGUUCGGAAGACAAAUGUACAUGAUACGCGAGACGGGUACCAUACAUAAAAGAAGCACCUUGACAAUUAUGAAUGUGAUGGUGAAAGACAGUGGCAGAUAUCUAUGCGUUGCUGCCAACAGAGCGGGAAACGUUUCCGUUAAUGUGACUCUAACCGUGAAUGCGAGGAGCGAAGAUAGUUCUGGACUGGCAGGUGGUGAGAUAGCUGGUAUUGUUAUCGGACUAUUCUCCGUAUUGACUUUGUUAUUUGUGGCAGUAUGCUUCGUGGUACUUCAGCACAGACAGGCACCAUCGGAAGAGAGAAAAAAUAUAGGUGUGAAAUUAUAUAAAAAUUUCGAUUCUCUCAAACAGAAUCAACUAGAAAUGACGAGCUUAGAGAGGCAAUGCGGGGAUGGAGAGGAUAGUGAACCACAAGCAACCCCUCACGGGAUCACAGGUAACAGCGGAUACGCAUCCGAAGCCGGAAACAGUGUGCAAUCGGAAGAGACUUACUCGACGUGUGACAUACCAGAUAGGGACUUUGUAAGAAGAGCAGUUUAUGAUGAUGACCUAUAUUUGUCACGAACGCGCGAACCCUCCUUAUUUGGGGAUCACAGGACGUGGAAAUAUCGAAGGAGAGAGGGUGACGGUAGUUCUACUAGCGAUUACAGUGCCAAAAAUAUCCAAUAUGUCAGGAAUCAAAGUGCACUUUAUAUUGCUACUCUUCCUGGGAGGAAAGACCAUUAUGGUGAUUCACAUCCGCAGUUGUUAAGAGCUGCUAUGAGAACUAAAUCUGAAAACGAAAUGUUUAAAGAAGACAAUUAUUUAGCUAGUUCAUCGAUAUCAAAUCAAGGUACGUGGAAACGUAGUCCAAUCAUCCCUUUUCAUCUCUCACUAUCGCCAGAGGCAAGAGAUUCUCCUGACGAAGGUUUAGGAGAUGAAAAGGAAUACGAAACCGAUAUUUUGGAUUAGUGGUCAGUAAGUAUUUAUCUUAAGACAUUAUUGCUUCUUAAUCUAGUUAAAAACUCAUUUAAAUUGGUGAUUUUAUAAAAGAAAAAUUUGAAUUUUUUUUUAAAACAAAAUAAUUUCUUAAAAUUCCAUCGUAAUAAACAAGCAACAUUGUAACAACAUAGGUAAAUAUUUGAACAAGUAAACUUACUGUUUACAUAUUUCUUAACAC